AUUUCACUUUUUUAAAAUUAAAAUGGUGGCAACUGGCCGAAGAAUUCUAUGUCCGCGGUUUUGACUUCUGCAUUUAUACUCUAAUCAUCUGCUAAUUUGUUGUAUAGGUCCUGAAGAGAUCUACCCCGUUUCUGAUGAAUUCAACCAUCUCAUUUUAUCUGAAAUCCCUAAUUUCCAGCUCCAACGCGACGCAGAAGCUUCUUUUUUUCUUCUUUUUAAUGCGUUGUGUGCUGUGGAGGAGAAAUUCAAAACCAAUGAAGUCAUUUUUUAGGCUACAAAGAUGUAGAGCCACUGCUCUUUUUUCACUUUCUGUGAUCCUCGCAAUCACAGUAAUGAUCAUUUAUAUAACCAGAGGUGAAUCCAGUUCCCAGUUGAACCUCCCAAAGCAAAAAUGGAGCAGCUCUAAGUCUGCAGUAGAGGUCAAGCAUCUUCCUUCUAUGGGAUUUAUGAAUGGAACCGAUUUAAUGUGGACAAUACCCGAAUCACCUAAGGCAGUUUUUUUGAUAGCCCAUGGAUGCAAUGGCAGAGCUUCCAACUUUUGGGACAAGUCAUCUGGUUGUCCAAAUUGUGUUGGCUUGCCUGAAGAGAGACUCAUUGUCCUCCAUGCCCUUGAUAGAAAGUUUGCGGUGCUAGCAAUCUCUAGCGUUGGAAAAUGCUGGACAUUUGGAAAAGAGAAAGAAAUUGUGAGAUGGAUUAUCAAGUGGUGGAUUGAUGAAAACAAGCUUAAGAAGCUCCCUGUUGUGGCUCUUGGUGCUUCAUCUGGUGGCUAUUUUGUUUCUGCACUUGCCACCGAGAUGCAGUUUAGUAGCAUUGCUCUUAUGAUUGCAGAAGGGGUGUUUGAUUCCAUCAACAUUCCAAUCAACUACCCUCCAACACUUUUUAUUCAUAUGCCAAAGGAUAAGCAGAGAAUGGAAUUGAUUAAGAUGAAUAUGGAAGCUCUUAGGAUGAAAGGCGUGCAUGUAAAAGAAGUUAGAUGUAUGGAAUUUCCCUUGACACCAGAGUUUUUAUUGGAUAGAAUUCCCUGGUUGGAUCAUACCUUUUUUGUUCAAUUGCUUGAGUUGCUUCACCAGAGGGGUUUUAUUGAUGACCAAGGUUACAUGAGGAGGGAUGGGCGAGCAACUUCAUGGAAGAAAAUUUUAAAGGAAAAUCAUUUUUCAUCUGAAAAUUAUCGGUGGGUUAAUCACAUUCAAGAAGAAUUAAAUUUGGCAUAUGGAUAUCAUGAAAUGACCAGUUUACAAUCCAAUGAUAUCUUUAGCUGGUUUGAAUCUCAUUUGAGUUCAACAACAAACUUGUAAACUAUAAGAUAUACUAUAACCUGAGAAAAUAUUUCUGUAAAGUAUUUUUCUUUU